GAGGAGGAGGAAAUCGACAAAAAAGGAAAUUAGCAAAUACAGAAAUUAGCCGGAAAACAAAGAUCACAGCCACUUCUUCACUUCUCUUCUAUCUAGUUUUGUCGCCAGGAUUUAGCGGUGAAUUUGGAGGCGGUCUUUUGUCAGCAGCCGCUACAGUCUCUGCACCUCGUACAAACAUGUGGCUGUUGCAGAUAACAUAGAUUUAUUUGUUUAUUAUUAUUUCAAUGUCUGACCUGGACCACUCGCUUCAAUUCCUGAGGCAGGGUAGGCCAAUGAAAGCAAGCUCGUAGGUCGAACUUCAUAUCGGAUCACUUUCAGUCCCCCUUUACUGUUGAGAAGAUAGGAUUGGAAACCAAUGCUAUGCUUUCUGGGGCGCUGCACCACUUGGCGUUGUGCCUUGUUUUCUGUCAAGAGAUCUUCAUCAUAUUAUGGAGUGAAGCAGUGGGUAUGAAAUUAUCCAUGUGAACCAUUGCGAUGUGCUAUUACUCAUUGUAGCUUGGCGUUGUACUUGGUAGUUGGGACUUCUGACUUCCUCAGAGAUCACCUAUCCCGUUUAUAGAUCAGCUUAACCAUGGGCGGUUUGCAAAGGGUCUUCUUUGGUGUUUGAGAAGUUCAUACACAUCUGGGAGGAAUAUAUCAAGAUUGUGAAUGAACUUGCUUGCGGGACAAAGUUUUGGUGGAUCAGUGUUUUAGAUGAAUUGGAGGAAUGUGGAUGUGUCACUGCAGUUUCUUUUCCGCUUCAGAAGCAAAAUAAGGCGUAUAGGGGAAAAAAUAGAGGGGUUUUAUGAAAUGGAGACAUAAAAGGGCUUUGAGUGAGGCAAAACUUUUUCUUGGAACAGUAGGGACACCUAGAGAGCUUUAAGUUUUUAAUCCUUAGUUUUAUGGUUCAUUUCUAGAUGUUGUUUUUGGCAGAAGUUACAAUGUGGAACUGGUUUUUGACUCCUCUGAAAUGUUUCAUAGAAAUAGAAAUUAGUAUAGGUCAUAAAUUAGUAGCCGUAAGGUGGAACACCAACCUGAAUAAUUGUAGACAAGGCCCUUCAUAACCCUUAGCAUUCGGAAUUUUGGAAUGGACGGCUCCCAAGGAUUGAAUAGGGAGCAAUCAGGGCAGAGAGAAUUUUAUUAUUCCGGAGAAUCCAGUAUCAACAAUGAUAUGUCAAAAGAUGCUUCUAACACUGGCUGUAGUCAGGCCGAACAAGAAGAGAAAUGUGCAGGAAGGCCUUGUGGCAACCUUGACAAUAAGCAACAUCUAUGUGCUUUUCGGACCCCAACCACUACGCAACCCUGUAUGGAUGAUUUGGAAGAAGAUGAUAUUAGCCUAAGAGAAUGGUUGAAUAUGCCUAAUAGAAGUGUGAAUAGAUUGGAAUGCCUGCACAUAUUUAAGCAAAUUCUGGAGAUUGUAAGUCUUGCACAUUCGGAAGGAGUUGUGUUGCAAAAUAUUCGGCCCUCCUGUUUCAUGCUAUCUUCUUUUAAUCGAGUUUCAUUUAUAGAAUCUGCUUCUUGUACAAGCUCAGGUUCUGAUUCUUCAGAUGACUCGACUGGAAGGUUGCCUCGAACUCUUCCAGGUCAGACCGCAAACUACAAUUUGAGGCAACAUGGUAAUAAUAUGGGGCAUAUUUCAAGAGCAGGACGAGAAGUUGAUCAAACUGCUUCAGUUCACAUGGCAAGCCAUCAAACCCAUGCAAGAAGUAUUUCAACAAGGGGAGAUGGAUGUCAGGAGCUAUCACUUAGAGAUGCUAACACAGAUGUCUCCAGAGUGUCUGGAAGAUUAACCUCUACAGGUGAUUGCAGCAAAAAAUUGGAUGUUGUUGGUGGAAUGCGUGUUAUUCCACAUGCAAUGGAUUCGGAUGCAGGGGAAGGGACUAAUCAAGAAAACAUGGACGCCAUGAAUGAAGAUGAAAAUGUCGAAGAAAGGAGCAAUCGCUUCCCAUUGAAGCAAAUAUUGCUUAUGGAAAUGAAAUGGUACACCACUCCAGAGGAGCUAUCUGGGGGAUCAAUAUCGUUCUCUUCGGAUAUUUAUUGUUUGGGUGUUCUCUUUUUUGAGCUAUUCUGCACUUUUAGCUCAGAAGCAGAGCAGCAGGCAUUUAUGUCAAAUCUUCGGCAUCGUGUCCUUCCUCCUCAGUUGUUAUGCAAGUGGCCCAAAGAAGCUUCAUUUUGUGUGUGGUUGCUUCACCCUGUCGCAGCUUCUCGUCCAAAAUUAAGUGAAGUUCUUCAGAGUGAAAUGAUCAGUGAAGCCAAAGAGGCUUUGGAAGAACGACAAGCUGCAGUGAAGUUGAAGGGAAAAAUUGCUGACACAGAAUUAUUGCUAGAUUUCCUGCUUCAAUUGCAGAAGCAAAAGCAAGAGAGGGCUGAUAAAUUAUCUGAUGUUAUUACUUGCCUGACACUAGACAUAGAAGAAGUUCUGAGACAACAGUUAAUUCUUCAGCAUCUUGCAUUCGACAGAAAUGAUAAAUCCCCAAUUUCUAAAGGAAAGAAUUCCAUAGAUUCAUCUAGCCAACUUGAUCAGAUCAGUGAACCAAGUUUCACGAACACUGGCAAUAUACCAACUGGAAAAGGAACCAUGCUAGGAAAACACCUUCGACAAGAGAGUAAGUUUCAUAGGGCAAGUAGUAGAAGGAAGCAUGGAAAAUCUGAUGUCCAGAUUGAUAGAGAGGAAGAACUCCUAUCCAGAAGUGCCCGGUUGAUGAAACAUUUCAAAAAACUAGAACAAGUUUAUUUUUCCACGAGAUGCAAAGCAAAGCAAUUUAUUGGUCAUUCGGCAGGAAAACAUUCAAGCACGAGCAGUAUCGGAUGGGAACCUGUUGUGGGAACGGAUACUUGUAAUGUGAGCUCAGUUGACAGUUUAGCAGGUAUAGCGCGUCAAGGUGCAGGGAGAAUGAAUGAUCAGCUUGGCUCUUUCUUUGAUAGCUUAUGCAAAUAUUUGAGAUUCAGCAAAUUCAAGGUGAUUGCGAACCUACAGCACGGGGACUUGCUUAACUCUUCUAAUUUAGUGUGUUCCUUGAGUUUUGAUCGAGACAAAGAAUUCUUUGCCACCGCAGGAGUCAAUAAGAAAAUUAAAGUCUUUGAGUACAAUACAGUCUUACAUGAGAAUAUGGAUAUUCAUUAUCCUGUCGUUGAGAUGACAAGUAAAUCCAAAUUUAGCAAUAUCUGUUGGAAUAGUUAUAUCAAAAACCAGAUGGCCUCUAGUGACUUUGAUGGUGUUGUGCGGCUGUGGGAUGUAAGUAAAAGCCAAUCUAUUAUGGACUUCAAAGAGCAUGGGAAACGUGUUUGGUCAGUUGACUUUUGCCAAUCUGAUCCAACAAGAUUAGCCAGUGGAGGUGAUGAUGGCAUGGUGAAGCUUUGGAACAUUAAUCAGGAAAAAAGUAUUGCUACAAUCCGGACAAAGGCAAAUGUCUGCUCUGUUCAGUUUGCACCAGAUUCUGGUCGUCUAAUUGCAUUGGGUUCAGCAGACUAUAAGGUCUAUUGCUAUGAUCUUCGGAAUAUAAGAGCACCUUUGUGCAUCUUGGCAAGUCACAAUAAGACUGUGAGCUAUGUCAAGUUUCUUGAUUCGGGUUCACUUGUUUCUGCUUCCACGGAUAACACAAUCAAGCUCUGGGAUUUAGCAACAAACAAGGCAAGAGUACUUGGCAGUCCUGUGAAUCCUGUCCGGACAUUUACCGGGCAUUCAAAUGUAAAGAAUUUUGUUGGGCUUUCUGUUUCUGAUGGGUAUAUUGCCUCUGGUUCAGAAACAAAUGAGGUUUUUGUAUACCACAAAUCACUUCCAAUGCCUGUGGCAUCUUAUAAGUUCAACUCUGCAGACCCGGUGACAGGACUGGAGAUGGAAGAUGAUGAUGCACAGUUUGUUUCAUGUGUUUGCUGGAGAGGGCAAACACAAACAUUAGCAGCUGCCAAUUCUUCAGGAAAUAUAAGGCUUCUGGAGAUGGUUUAAUUUUUGGAGGCAUACAUCUACUUCAUAAUCCAGUUUGAGAUGAUUGUUGUAACGGAUGCAACAGAUGGAACUGGUGUAUACCAUUGUUUCUUCUGUGGAUGAGAUUCAUAUCAUGUUUUUGCCUAAACUUUCCAGGCCCAAAAAACCUUGUAUAGAAAAUCUCUGAAUUCUGUGUAUCUCUCUGCAUUCACCAUUUAUACGUAGAGGUGAUUUUUUCUAAGAAAAUAGAAACAACAGCCAGCAUAUCAAAUGCAAAACAGUUUUAGCUGAUUUCUAAAUGAAGUGAUAUUGCAAAUGAAUGUACAAGUAGCUUUUGGUAGCUAAGGCACUCGAAACCUUCAAAAAGAAAAAGAAGUUUAUGAGCACAGCGGUCAGUCUUGUGGGUCUA